CAAUUAGUGAACCAUUAUUUUGUUUUAUUUCCACAGCUAAACCCUAAAAACCUCGUCCCAACUUUUCAGUGAACUUUCGCCGCCGGCCACCUGCCCCGCCGCCGCACGCCGGUAGUCUCAAAGCUCAAACCUUCACAUCAAGGCAAGCCAUGUCAGCAAAAUGGCGUGCCAUACAGCACCGCCACAAAUAUACUUACAGCGCGGUGCUGUUCCCGCCGCACUUCACUGAGGCAUUGAAUCAAACACGUGAUGGGUCCGCCUUCUUCGCUGAACUGAAGCACCUGAUUUCACUCAACUCUACUUACGCCCAGCUCGAACACGUCAAGAAAGUCGCUGCAGCGUUUUCCACCUUGCUGUCCGACCGAAACGCCGAGGAAAACGCAGUUUCCUGCGCGGUGAAGUUGUAUUUGGAGAUUCUUUUCCUGGAGAACUCGCUGCCGUUGCAUAGGACGCUAGCUUCUGCUCUGGCCAAGUGCAAGAACUAUCGUAGUUUGAUCGAGGAUUGUUUCCGGCUGCUGUGCGAAGAGUAUGGUGGUGGGAAAAGAUUCUGUGUUUCAAGGGCAGCGCUGUCGAUGAUGAGCACCCCUAAAUUGGGGUACGUGGUUCAAGUUGUGGAGCAAUGUGCGGUUUUGGUGGCUUCGGAUGUGAUUUCGGGAUUGCAGAGCAUUGUUAAAGAAACGAAUGAGUUAUCGAGGCCUUCUCCGAUCGUUAUGGAGCAAUGCCAGGAGGCGCUGUCGUGUAUUUACUACUUGCUUCAGCGCUUCCCUGAAAAAUUCCACCAUGGCUUGAGUUUGAGUGAUCAGAGUGUGAUGGCGAUGGCUUUUACCUGUGUUUUGAGCAUUUUGAAGUCGGCCGCAUUUUCAAGGGACUGCUUUGUGGCAGCUGGAGUGAGCUUCUGUGCAGCAUUGCAGGUGUGUUUGAGUGCCGAUGAUCUUGGUGUCUUUAUAAUGCAAGGUAUCUUUAAUCAGCGUGGUAUUCGAGAUUGUGAUGCCAGCCUUGAUGCUGUGGUAGGGAAGAUUCCAUAUAAGGGUGAUUUGGUUGGUGUGAUACAUAGUUUUUCAACUCUCAGUAGACUUUGCUUGAUAAGAGGAAUUCUUACAGCAGUUUCAAGAACGGUUCUUGACACGCAUUACAUUGUGGGAAACGAGGGUUGUGUAGGAUCGGGUGAUGGUGUUUCCACAGUCAAGACAAUACUUUAUGAUGCUAUUUUGCCUGAAUUAUGUAUCUAUGCCGAAAAUCCUAGAGAUAGUCAUUCCAAUUUUCAUGCACUAACUGUGAUGCAAAUAUGUCUGCAGCAGAUAAAAACAUUACUACUAGGUGAUAGUAAUGGAGACACAGAUAAUUAUGAUCCGAUUCCUGAGGAGAUGGGGGCAAGGAUAUUGAAGAUAGUUUGGAAUAAUUUGGAGGAUCCUCUAAGUCAAACUGUAAAACAAGUUCAUCUUAUCUUUGAUCUCUAUUUAGACAUACAAUCUAGCCUUCAUUGGGCGGAGGGCAGUGAAAACAUCAAGAUGUUCUUGAGGAAGAUUGCUUCUGAUCUUCUCUGUCUAGGACCACGUUGCAAGGGAAGAUAUGUUCCUUUAGCCUCCUUGACCAGGAGGUUGGGUGCUAAAGCUAUUCUAGAAAUGAAUCCUGAUUUGCUGUUCGAAACUGCAAAGGCUUACAUUGAUGAUGAUGUUUGCUGUGCUUCCACGACAUUUCUUAAGUGUUUACUUGAGUGUUUAAGGGAUGAAUAUUGGAGCAGUGAUGGUGUUGAAAGUGGCUAUACAAAAUACAGAGGUCUCUGCUUGUUGCCAUUUUUACAAGGACUUGCUUUUGGAGUCGCAAAGCUGCGCUCCAACUUGAAUACUUAUGCGUUGCCAGCCCUCCUUGAGCUGGAUUUGGAUAGCAUAUUCUCUAUGCUCACAUUAAUAGGGAUUAAGGGGGAUGAGGGCCCGUUAGCUGCCUCUGCAGAAAUCAGUUCUUCAUAUAUGACUCUAGGACUUGAACAGAGAAUUGCUGUUUUGGUAUCAUUACUCAAGGUAUCUCGUGGACUUGCACUUAUUGAAGGAGACAUUGAUUGGUAUGAGGGUUCGACACUAUCUCCUGAAGUUGCACUUCUUGAUAUGGAGAAUAGUAAUUUACACUGUGUUGUUCUAGUAAAGAGCAUAGAGGUUAAAAUCCCAGUUAAAUGGCUUGUAUUAGCUUUGACUCACAUAGAUGAGUCGCUUCGCAUGGAUGCAGCAGAAACUCUAUUCUUAAAUCCAAAGACGGCUAGUCUGCCUUCACCUUUGGAACUUAGCCUGAUGAGAAGAGCUAUACCUUUGAACAUGAGAUGUUGUUCUACUGCUUUCCAAAUGAAGUGGAACAGCUUGUUCAGAAAGUUCUUUUCUCGUGUCCGAACAACGUUGGAGAGACAACUUAAGCUUGGAACUUGGAAGCCUCUUAUUUCUGGAAGUUCAAAGGCAGAGGAUUUAUUUACAGGAGCUGAGGAAACCAAAAUGCACAGGGCGGAGUAUCUUUUCGAUUUUACAAAGUGGUUCAGUCGAUUUUUAUUCUUUUCCUGCUAUCCUUCUGCCCCGUAUGAGAGAAAGACAAUGGCUAUGGAGCUUAUACUGAUAAUGUCAAAUGUUUGGCCUGUUGUUCCAACUUUGCGUGGAGAUGAGGAUGGAUUUUGUUUUGAAAACAAUCUGUAUCCUUACAGUAAAGGUUAUACUUCACCUGAUUCAACCUUGCUGCUAGUUGGGUCGAUUGUUGAUAGUUGGGAUAGAUUGAGAGAGUGCUCGCUUCAAAUUUUACUUUAUUUUCCUACUCCACUUCCUGGCAUUUGUAGUCCAGAAUCUGUCCACCGGGCAGUUAUAUGGGCUAAAAAAUUGAUCUGUAGUCCACGUGUACGAGAAAGUGAUGCUGGAGCUCUGACUCUGCGACUUCUAUUUAGGAAGUAUGUGUUGGAUCUAAGCUGGAUUGUCCAACCAUCUUGUAAUGUCGUCUCAUUAUGUUUGGAGGCUGAACGGCCGGAUGGGGCGUAUCAAAUUUGCACCGCCAGCUCUCCUGUUGUAAGUUAUAUGACAUCACUUAUUGAUUGGCUGCUUGCUGCUGUUGAGGAUGCUGAGAAAAAUCUUUCGGAAGCAUGCAAGAAUAGUUUUGUUCAUGGUAUAUUGCUCGCUCUUCGCUACACAUUUGAGGAACUGGAUUGGAAUUCUGAUGUAUUUCAGCAUAGGAAUGCUGAAAUGAAGCAUUUAUUCGAAAGACUCUUGGAGUUGGUCAAGAGAAUAACUUCCUUGGCCCUUUGGGUAGUCUCAGCUGAUGCUUGGCACUUACCCGAGGACAUGGAAGAAAUGAUGGAUGAUGAGGCAUUUACUGUAGAGAUUCCUGAUGAGAUUGAUUCAUCUGCCUCAGAUUCUCAGAUUGAGGUAAAAGACGCAAAAAGUGCAGAGGAAGAGGAAAUCAAGCCCUCUGAUCAGAUUGUUAUGGUUGGUUGCUGGCUUGCAAUGAAAGAGGUGAGCCUUCUCCUGGGAACAGUAAUUAGAAAAAUUCCUUUACCCACUUCAGAUGAAAUGAGGAAAUCAAUCUCUAAUGCCGCUGAUGAGUCCAUUGUGCCAUCUGAUGCACUGCUCGAUAUACAACAACUUGAGACAAUUGGCAGCCAUUUCUUGGAAGUCCUUCUCAAAAUGAAACAUAAUGGUGCCAUUGAUAAGACAAGGGCUGGGUUUACUGCUCUUUGUAACCGCUUGCUUUGCUCAAACGACCCUAGACUAUGCCAAUUGACAGAGUCUUGGAUGGAGCGAUUGAUGGAAAGAACUGUUGCUAAGGGACAGACAGUGGAUGACCUCUUAAGAAGAAGUGCGGGUAUACCUGCAGCAUUCAUUGCAUUUUUCCUCUCAGAGCCUGAGGGAGCACCAAAAAGACUACUGCCAAGGGCCCUACGGUGGCUAAUAGAUGUAGUUCAGAACUCUUUAGCCGAUCAACUGAAAGCCAAGAGCUUUGAUGGUGACUCUUGCAGUGGGUUCAUGUUGAAGUCAAGCGAGGCAAAUGGUAGCCCUCCAGCUUCUGUUACAAAUGGCAAUAUAGAAAUGUCAAAGUUUCGGGAUGAGGGUGUUGUUCCGACUGUGCAUGCUUUCAAUGUUCUUAGGGCAACUUUUAAUGACACAAACCUGGCAACUGAUACAUCAGGUUUCUCUGCUGAGGCAUUGAUAAUCUCAAUACGUUCCUUUUCUUCUCCAUAUUGGGAGGUCCGCAACAGUGCUUGUCUUUCAUAUACUGCUUUGGUACGUCGGAUGAUUGGAUUUCUCAAUGUACAGAAAAGAGAAUCUGCAAGGCGAGCUUUAACUGGGCUUGAGUUUUUCCAUAGGUAUCCUACAUUGCAUUCAUUCUUACUCAAUGAGCUGAAUGUAGCUACUGAAUUACUUUCAGAAGGCUCAUCAGAUGAGUUGGGAUCCAACCUGAAAAAUGUUGUACAUCCAAGCUUAUGUCCGAUGCUGAUUUUCUUGUCUCGGCUCAAACCUUCUCCAAUUUCAAGUGAAACAGGAGAUACUUUGGAACCUUUCCUUUUGAUGCCAUUCAUCAGGAGGUGUUCAUUCCAAAGCAACCUCCGGAUUCGUGUACUUGCAGCAAGAGCCUUAACAGGUCUAGUUGCCAACGAGAAACUGCAGACCGUGGUGCUUAAUAUUGCCUCAGAGCUGCCUCGUGAGAGAAGCCGCAAUUCAUCCAGUAAUGGGACGACCUGUUCUUUCAAUUCGAUUCAUGGAAUGUUAUUGCAGCUGAACUCUCUGCUUGAUACCAACUGUAGAAACUUAUCCGAUCCCUCUAAAAAGGAUACUAUUCUCCAUGAAUUGGUUCAAAUCUUAGCAACACGCUCGUGGAUUGGGAGACCAAGACAGUGCCCCUGCCCCAUUCUCAAUGGCUGCAUGGUAAAGCUACUUGACAACAUGCUCAGUAUUGCGGUAACCUGCGAAGCGAGCAAAAGUGCUGAUACCAUUUGGAACCUCCUCUGGGAGUUGUCUUCAGAAUGUUUAGAUCUAGAACCUGCUGGUUGCCCGUUGUCCUUCGACCCAACUAUUCAAGAACUCCGCAAGCAAGCUGCGACUUCCUACUUCAAUUGUAUUUUCGCUACAUCUAAAGAUAUUGCUGAAGAUGAAAUUGUGGUCAGACGAACUCGGUCCUCACCUGCUACUAGUUUGUCAAGAGCAGUUGGAACCUAUAGCAGAUUUCAGGAAAGGCUGGUUCGCUCCAUGUCGGAUGCAUCCUAUGAAGUGCGAAUUGCCUCGUUGAAGUGGCUUUUCUUGUUCCUAAAGAGAGGGGAAUGUACAGGUAAUACUUGUGGGGAUCAGUUCUAUUGCGAGGCUCUGAAAAUGUGCUUGACUAAUAUCAAUCUUCAAGAUAUCCUCGUGAGGCUUCUGAUUUCAGAGAGACAUCAUAAAUGUGUGUAUUAUCUUCUCAAAAUUCUUUACACUUGGAACUCACUUGAAUUUCAAGACAACCAACCUAGCCCAGAACCGAGGUUCAUCCGUGAUAUGGACCGCCGUUCAAUAUUCCAGCUAUGGAACGAUUUGGUUUCCUUGUUCAAGAUCACAAGGCACGCGAAGACUCGACAAGCACUCAUCUGCUUCUUGGGAAUGUGUGCCAAGAGAAUUUCCAGCUUAUGUAUGAGCUUCAUUUCUUCUGAAGUAGAGAUGCAGAGUGAUGAAAGCAGAGCAUUUUCUGAUUUCUAUGAUGCAUUGAGUUACUUUGUGGAUCUGAUUGAGCAAAACAGUGAUGCAUCAGAGCCCGUUACCAUGCGGAAGGCGGCUGCAGAGUCAAUGAUAGCUUCUGGAAUGCUGAAUCAUGCUGCGCCCCUUGGUUAUUUGAUCUACAGCUGCCCAAUCUCUGAUGGUUUCGUCUCUUCUCGUUCUAAACCAGAAGAGGCUAUCAAGUUGUACGCUCGUAGAGUCCUCAAUCUAUGGUUGGCAUGCAUAAGGCUUCUGGAGGAUGAAGACGUUGGCCUCAGGAAAAGGCUUGCUUUGGAUGUGCAGAAGUCUUUCCCCUCUCGAGAGCCCACCAAAGAUUUCCAACCCGCUGCAGGCACGAGCCAAGUCGAGAAAGUGAUAGAAUCGUGCUUUGAGCAUCUCUCGACAGUCUUUGGCCACUGGAUCGAUUAUCUGGACUAUCUCUGCUGCUGGGUUAUGAACAUCGCGAACCACACCAGCUACGUCUCAUCAGGAGGAGACCUUGUGAGACGCGUCUUUGACAAGGAGAUCGACAACCAUCAUGAAGAGAAGCUCUUGAUAUGUCAGCUGUGCUGUUCUCAGUUGGAAACUGUUCCAGUUUCAAGGAUCGAGAGCGGGGCGAGGGAUCUUCUGCAGAGAUGGAGAAGCAGAUUCUUCCAACAGCUGAUGGCAUUCAUCGAUGACCGUGUCGGGAGAAGCCAGAGUGAUGAUUGGAUUGGUGGAGUUGGCAAUCACAAAGAUGCAUUUCUACCACUCUAUGCAAAUUUGGCUGCAUUUUAUGCUCUGUCAAACUGCAUAUUGAAAGAGGAAGAUGAGAGCAGCCGUCGGCGUAUGCUUGGCGACGUUUCUGCUCUUGGAGAGGCGAUGAAGCCAUUUCUUUGCAACCCUUUGAUCUCUAACCUUUAUUUGAUAGUUGUGAAGUCCCAUGAGAAAUAUUUGGGUGAAACUGAAACUGCAGAAAACUUGAACCAGAAAUGGAGAGAGAAUUAUUCCAUGUGGGGUGAAUUCAAUCCUUAUUUUUUAUUAGCUUAGGGUGGGAAAAAAAAAACAUGAUUUUUGUAGCAUAAAUGUACUCGCUGCCUGAUUUUGAUAAUGAUACUUAUUUACAAGGUUUUUGUUCCA